AUGAGGUCACUCUCCUUCGUAGACAAGGCUCGUUCCGCACGACAUGUAUGUAAUGAAUACGGGGCUAGGUCCUUAGGUAAAGCUUCACAAUACGCUACAAGAUCCCCGACAACAUGGUCGAUUUCUGAGCUUGAUGCUACAAAAUCUAUAAUAGAGUUAGUUGAUGAGCUUGAUGUGACUGAAUCCACGGUAGAGUCAAUUGAUAAGCUUGGUGCAACUAAAUCUGCAGAUAGUCCCAUCCCCUCUUAA